AUGACAAAUCUUGAUCGAAGUUGGAUUAGUAACCGGUUGCAACGAGAUAAAAUUACUCUUAAUUUAGAAUAUAGGGAAGGUGUAGAGGAAUUUUUGAAUUUUGCAAGCUUGAAAAUGGAGGGAGGUAUGAUGAAAUGUCCUUGCAAGCUUUGUAAAAAUUUGAAUUGGUUAGGGGUAGAUGAUGUUCGGUUUCAUUUGAUAUCCGAGGGUAUGAUGGAGAGUUAUACGGUAUGGACUUCGCACGGAGAGGUUUCGCAAAAAAAUAAAAAGCGAAAAUCAUGUGAAACGCGAGAAUGUCGUAGGGUAGUAGAUGAUCAUGUUGAUAUCAACUCCAUGUUACAUGAUUUUGCCGGUUCGAAUCAUGAAUUUUAUGAUACCACGGGUACUACUAAUGUUGAAGAAGCUCCUAAUGAUAGCGCUAAAGAAUUUUAUAAGGCGAUUGUUGAAAAUGGUGCUCCUAUUUAUCCCGGUUGCACAAAAUUUACAAGAUUAAGUUUUACCGCAAAAUUGUUGGAGUUCAAAAAUGCGUCUAAUUGUAGUGACAAAGCCUUCAACAGUUUGAUUAAGAUCAUUAUGGACGUGUUACCAAAAAAGCACACAUUACCCGAGUCUUAUUAUGAGAUGAAAAAGGUUAUGAAAAGUUUAAGGGUGGAAUAUGAAAAAAUUGAUGUGUGCGAGAAUGAUUGUAUGCUAUUUUAUGGAGAUGACAAAGAUAAAAUUGUGUGUGAUAUAUGUAGUUGUAAUCGAUAUUUGGAUAAAUCAAGGAAAAAUGGUAAGAAAAUUCCGAGAAAGAUUUUAAGACAUUUUCCUUUGAUUCCCCGACUGCAACGCUUAUAUAUGUCGGCACAUACAUCCAACCACAUGAGGUAUUACAAAAAUCGAGAGGUCAAUGAAAAAGAAAUUUCUCACCCUGCGGAUGGAGACGAAUGGAAGAAUUUUGACCUCCGAUAUCCAUCAUUUGCUCAAGAAAUUCGUAAUGUAAGACUUGGUUUUGCGACCGAUGGUUUCAACCCGUUUGGGAAUACGGGUAACAAAACAUAUAGUGUAUGGCCCGUGGUAAUUGUUGUGUAUAAUCUUCCGCCGUCCAUGUGUAUGAAGAGACCGUAUAUGUUUUUGACGGAUAUUAUACCGGGUCCGGAGAGUAUUGGGAAAAAUAUUAAUAUAUAUCUUAGACCUCUCAUUGAUGAAUUGAAGACAUUAUGGUAUACCGGAGUGCAAACAUAUGACCAAUCUCUAAAACAAAAUUUUACCAUGAGAGCGGCUCUUAUGUGGACAAUCAGUGAUUUUCCUGCCAUGAGUAUGGUAAGUGGUUGGUCGGGGAAAGGAAAGCUUGCAUGUCCAGUGUGUUUGGGAAGUGUGCAGGGGUUUCAGUUAAAACAUUCUGGGAAAUGUUCUUUUCAUGGCACUAACCGAAUUUUUCUUGAACCUAAUGAUCCAUUGCGUAAGAAGAGUAGCUUGUUUGACCAUUCAGAAAAAAGGUUGUGGCGUGGACGCUUAUCCGGGGAGGAAGUUAAAACUUGGAUUGAUAGCAUAGACUUUCCACCACCCGGAAAGACUAACAAAAAGAAAAGAAGUGAUGGAUAUGGGGUUGAGCAUCAUUGGACUCAUGCCCCGAUGUUCUAUGAUCUCCCUUAUUGGUCUUCACAUAGUUUGCGACAUUCCAUUGAUAUCAUGCAUACCGAAAAAAAUGUGUUUGAGAACAUAUUUUUUACCAUUGUUGGGGGCAAGAAGUCAAAAGAUCACCACAAGGCAAGGUCGGAUUGCAAACACUUCGGUGUGUUGCCUCAUUUGUGGAUUGAUGAAAAUGGCAAAAAACCAAAAGCUCCGUACUCUCUUAGUAGAAAACAACUCAAACUUCUAUGUCAGUGGAUUGAGUCGUUGAAACUUCCAGACGGUUAUGUCUCAAAUAUAUCUCGUUGUUGCAAUGCUAAGGAGUGUUGGACGAAAUGA